AUGGCGCAGGCGGAUAAAAACGGCGAUGGAGAGCUGUCCAUCAAGGAGUUCCUGAAUUGGGCCUUCGCCGAGAGUGAUAUUAUCACCAGCAGCAAAGGCAACAUGACACUUCGUGUGGAAGGUUGUCCAAGAGAGGAGUUUAAUGGUGAUUAUGUGCAGGACGGGAAGUUCUACAACCACCGGCCCACCUUCUACUGUCGAGAGAACGACUAUUGCAUGUUCUACCUUGACGAUCUAAAAGCUUGGUGCAUCUUCUGGCGAGUUUCUCCAAAAUAUUCCAGUUGUCGUUUGAAGACCUCACGGGGGCCGCAUAUGGCCUCGGAGGGUGAAGCCUGGCACGUCUGGACCAAGGAGAAGAAAGCCUUCGUGAAGUCGCCGGCGAUGGUUUGCAGAUUGUUGACGGCUGAAGAACUCGUGGCCUUGGCGCCCGACACCGUCAUCAUAAAUUUUGAACAAAUAGGCCAUUGCUGGUUUGAGGCGCCUGGGGCUGUUGGCUCCAAAAGGAACACUGCCGCUGGCCACAGUGAGUGCUUCAAGAAGACAAAGGAGAUGAAGAACGACCGUCCUGUCUACCAAGCUUGGAAUAACCUGUGCAACGAGUUCAAUGCCCGAUACUUGUUCUAUCAUGGCAAGAAGAAGUAUUGGAUGGUGGGAGUCGGAAGUACCGAGACGGACAGGUAUCGCCCCACGGUGCCACAUGAGCUGGAUGCCGACGGCUACCCACCUGCUAAGGGCGGCAGGUGCAAGGUCUUCCAGAGGGUUGGAAAGAUCCGGACUUUCCAGCCAAUAAGGCCUAUUGGGAGCGCCUGGCUGCUUACACUUCGACUCCGGUCCUUUUUGACGACGCUGAACCUGGAGAUGUUCUUCAAGGAAUGUGAUUGCUGGUUGCUCUCUGCCAUUGCUGCAGUGGCGGAGUUCCCCAAUUUCUUCAAAGACCAUCUCUUCGUGACCCAGGAGAUUCCAGAGGAUGGGAAGUACGAGAUCAAGCUGUUUGAUUGCAAGUUGCAGGAGUGGAAGGUGUGGGCGAUUGACGACUACAUUCCAACCAAGCGAUGGGGUGAGAAAAUUUAUACCUUGUGCGCAGCUGUCGCAGACCACAAAAUUUUGGUGCCGCUGGUGGAAAAGGCCAUCGCCAAAAUGUGCGGAUCCUACACAAAGUUGGAAGCCGGCAGGGCCACGACUGCGUGGGCGCAUCUCACAGGCUGCUGUGACAUUGUGAAGAUUUGGGGCAGCUUCACAAAUCCGCUGGAAUGGGUCGUCACAUCGGAGGAAGGCCUUUGGGUCCGUGAGGAGAACCAGCGCGCGAGCAAACGAAUCGGGAAGCUGGAGAAAGGUGCUCGCUUUCAAGAAGUGGAGCGGGCCAGAUCUUGCAUCAGGUUCAAGAAGCUCGAGGGCAGUGGCCCUGAGGAGGGCUUCGUUUGGUACUACAAAGGUGGAAAGAAGACUGCAGAGAGAGUCACGCCAAUGACAAUCACAAAAUUUGAAAGAAAGAUCGUGGACAACCCGCGUUUUGCUGACGAUGACGCUGACACUGCGAUCUAUGAGACACUGGACACGAAAGACAUUGAUGGCAAGGAGUUUUGGCAAUUGCUCCUGGAAUACGACCAGUCCAAUUUCCUCAUGUGUGCGGCGAUGAACAUCAUUUGUGAUGAGCGCCUUUCUGGCAUCAUGCCGGAACACGCGUACUCAGUUCUUCAAGCCAAAGAGGUUGAGGGCUUGCGCUUCGUGCAGCUGCGGAACCCCUGGGGCCACGAUGAAUGGGGCGGCCCAUGGAGCGACCGCUCGGACGAGUGGGCGGCCAAUCCAACGAUCCAGGAAGGUCUGAAGGCGCACGAGUUGACCUUUGACGGCAAGUUCUGGAUGGAAUACGAAGACUUUCAGUAUGUAUUUGGCAAUUUGGAUGUCACCAAGAAAGCGAUGCCGACGAAGCGCGCAGAUUUCCCAGCACAGCCCCAGGACGAGUUGGCGGAGGAUUGCGAUGAAAAAUCAUGA